AUGGCCCACCAUCACCACCACAACACCCGGUCCACCCGCACCACCACCACCACUCGCAGACGUGGUCUCUUCGGUCGCAAGAAGGUUCACCACCAGAAGCGCAAGCCUACCAUUGGCGACAAGAUCGCCGGUGCCAUGAAGAAGCUCAAGGGCUCCCUCACCCACAACCCAGCUGAGAAGGCUGCUGGUACUCGCCGCAUGCGUGGCACUGAUGGUCGUGGUAGCCACCGCUACUAA